AUGUAUCAAGCAGCUGUCUCCAAGAAGGAGCUUGCCGGUGCCUCCUCCACGGCUGUGGAAGAGACGGAAGCCCGGUCUUUGCCUGGAGGGCUCGCCAGCGUGAAGAAACAAUUUGAGAGCCAAGAAAUUGCAUCUUCGCACAGCACAGUCACCCAGAUCCAUUACCAGCACAAAUCUGUACAGGUUUACUUCAGGAUGCACAAGAUGAGAGAUGAUAGUCCGCUGGAGAAAACAGUUGUUGAAAUGAACCGCUAUGCUGAGCUGUGUCAGAAAAGUCCCCGUAAACCAUUUGCUUGUCACAGUUGCUGGCAGGUUGUCAUUGAAGGCAACAAAUGUGUGUUUUUCAGCCUCCUGAUACUGCAUUACAUUGUGGGGUUUAAGAAAGUGACCCAAAUCAACGUUGAAUCUGGGGAUGUUUCUAGGAUGAAAUUAAUCUUUGAGAAUCAGACGUCAGACAUAGUCAGUUCCACUUCAGAAGAAAUGAUGAAGAGGCUGAAAGCCACACAAGCAGAAGAUAUUCAGAAAGGAAAUGUUAUAAACUGUACUUGGCUUUUUGAAAAUCAGCCCAUUGAUACUAUUAAUGAAAGUCCUGAAAAAUUCGAAAAUACCCGUACCGUCCUGGAUGUACAGGGAGGAAAUGUUAACCAAGGCCGCUUUAUUUUCGAGACAUUUUCUCUCGAUCAGAUUCACGCUGACUCCUCCUCAGAAGAAAAUAAUGUUCAGAAAAUUAGCCGAGAAGAGAUUGAAAAGGGCGACGUGAGAAACUACACAAUGCUGUUUGAAUCCCAGCCUCUCUACGCCAUUCGAGACCGAGAGGGUUAUUUCCAUGAAGUUACCACUGUUAGAAAAGAGGAAAUUAUAAGCGGAGAUGUUGUAGGAGCAAGAUGGUUAUUUGAAACAAAACCUCUUGAUUCGAUAAGAGAUACCGAUGAGGUCUACAUCAUUAAAGCAGUUACUGAGGAAGACAUCCAGAAGGGAGAUGUUAGCUCUGCCAGGUGGAGAUUUGAAACACAACCACUUGAUAAAAUUUCCGAAGAUAUGAAAGUAUCGGUUCGGACAGUUGACGACGUUCAGGGUGGUGAUGUGAAAGCCAACAAGCAGCUCUUUGAAUCUGAGGGCAUGAACCAAAUGUCCGUCAGGACAGUAAGUGUUAGUGAAAUUCAGAAAGGGGAUGUUAGAACUGCCACCUGGUUGUUUGAGACACACACCAUGGAUGAGAUCCAAGAGCAAGUGUCCGACUACAGUGAGAUGAAGACCGUGACAAAGGAAGACAUCCAAAAAGGAGAUGUCAAACAGUCAGUCUGGCUGUUUGAAAAGCAACCCCUCGACAGUAUAAACGUAUCAGAUGAAAGUGAGGAGGUGGCCAGACGUGAAGAAAUCCCACAAGCUGAUGUGAAAACAACAACGUGGCUUUUCGAAACAACCCCCUUCCACGAAUUUAAUGAAAGCAUCAUUGAGAAACAAGAAAUCGUUGGAAAGAGCAUUAAAGAAACCCUUCAGGAGCUGUACUGCCGCAAAGUGGUAGAUUCCCAUGGGAUACUGAUUGAAGCAGAUGAAAUUGGAGACGUCAGAAUGGCCAAGUUCAAACUUCUGAAUCAGGAAGUCCCAGAGAUUCAAAGAGAAGAAAUCAUAAAGGGGGACUUGCAAAAGAUAAUGAUGAACCUACUCCGCACAGAAGAGAAACUGGGAAGUGGGAUCAUAAUUGAUGAAGAAGAAAAAGGUGAUGUUCACAAAACUGUUUCUCAAUUGCUAAACAGAAGAGCUGAGGUCAACAUGGAACAAAGGGAGGUGGUGAAAGGUGAUAUACAAGAGGCAAUUAAAAGCCUCUUGAAAGAAGACAGCACAACUAAACGGGGAAUUCUCAUUCAGGAGGAUGAAAUGGGGGAUGUCAGAAUGACCAUAUAUUCCUUGCUAAACAAGGCAGAGAAAGUGGAUAUAAAAAUGGGCGACAUAGUGAGAGGAGACGUUAAAGGUGCCAUCCAUAACCUUCUGUCCUCGCCAUACAGUCCAGAACUUCCACGAAGGAUUAAAGUGGACGAGGAGGAGAGAGGCAAUGUAAGCUUCUACACAACAUGUAUCGAAUCCGGAGCUCUCGAUUAUCUAAAACUGCUUCAGGGAGAAUCUAAUGAAACAACCACAGAGAAGAAGGAAGAGGAGGAAGAAGAAAUCAUUGCUGGAGAUGUUGAAAAGACAAAACGAAUCCUAAGGAGAAAGCAAGUUCAGUUUGAACGUACAAUUGCAGAAGAGGACAUCGUACCAGGUGAUGUUCACAACACAGUCAAGGUCUUCAUGACAGAACCAGAGAACUCCUUUACAAAUCUCCAAAGGGAAGACAUUGUCAGGGGAGACUUAAAGGCAACCCUAGAGUCCCUAAGCCAGGCUGUUAAUCAAUCCAUUGCUGUAGAAAAAGAGGAGGUUGUUAAAGGGGACAUAACUGCAACACUGAAAUCCCUAGAGGAAGCAAAGCACCAAGCUAAAGACACUGACAAGCCCGAUGUAAUCCCAGGAGAUAUUAAAGGUGCCCUGAAAUCUCUGGAAAAUUCAGUCAAUACAAAAGUAGAAUGUGCGACUGAAGAACUUGUCUGUGGAGACAUAAAAGGAACGUUAAAAUCUCUGGAAGAAGCAAAGCGGGUCUUUAAAGAAUUUAAUAAAGAAGAAGUCAUAAAGGGGGAUAUUCAAGCUGCAAUGCUAAACCUAUUGGAGGCGUCAUCAGAAAAGAAAGCACUGCAGUCACAAAUAAGCGAGCAAGGGGAUGUGAAAGGCACUAUCCAAAUGCUCCAGCAACAAAUGCAACAAAAUGCAAAUCCAAAGCGAGGUGGUCAGAAAGCUGUAAAAUCCCUCUACGAUAUACAAGAGCCGACUCUUUUGGAAGAGGAUGAGGUAGUUAAGAAAGAGACACAACAUACCGUAAUGGAAGUCGUCAAAGAAAAGGUGGAUAUGAAGGAAAAUGUCAAAGGUGCCCCAGUAACUCCAUUACGCACACAGCAAGAUGCUCAGCAGCAUUCUGUUGAGAAAGAGUAUGAGCAGCUGAGAAUGACGACUCAUCCUACUGGUAAAAAUCCAAUUUGGAAAACUGAAAUCGAUGCAGACAAGGGGAUUCAGAGGUUUACCAGUGGUGGUAAAUCUGCCAUUGUUAACAUUUCAGGACAAAGGAAAGAGUUACCAGCCGGACCUUCCACCCAAGCCAAAGCAGAAAUAACACACAAGGCAGAAACUUCAAUGGAGAGUAUCUCAGGCCAACAGGCACUCAAAGCAAAGUCUACCCUACAAACAGGAUUACCCCUGAGAAUCACACAUGGUAAUCCAGUCACCAAUGUUUCAAAAAUGGAAACGUCUCAGUCCACCAGUCACCAGUCCAAAGUAAUUGAUUUAAAACGUUCUCAAACAACUGUGAAGCAAACAUCUCAUCAGACUGAUUUGGAACGUAAGGUCAUCCAAAGGCAGGACUUGUCCCUUAAAGCAAAAGGUGAUGCCAAAAUGAAGGCUGUUGUAGCAAAGGAUGUGACCACUGCAAAGGUGGAAAAAAUGAAAAUGAAACAAGAAGCAAAUUUCCCCCCACCACCGCCACCACCCCCUCCACCUUCUGCGCUGCCAGACGCUGAACUGCCACUGCCACCACCGCCUCCGCCACUAGCAGCAGUGGAAUUUGAGCAGCAGUCUUUUCCUCCUCCACCACCAUCCGCAUUAAAAUCUGACAUUGAAGGCUUUCCCUUGCCUCCUCCGCCUCCAGAAGCAGAAAAGGAUAAAGUUGGAAAGGUCCCACAACUGCCUCCUGCCCCAAUUAAUCCAAUAAUCAAGAAGAAAUUCAGUCAAGAACCUCUACCACCACCACCUCCACCACCAACACCACAGGAAUUAAAUCCAAGGAGAAUCCCUGUUAAGACUGUGAAAGGACCUUCGCUGCACAUAGUUUCUAAAACUGAUACUAAGAAGGAACAAGAACAAUUAAAGAACACAUUGGAGAAACAAGAAACUAUACUACAGCCAAAGCCAGAUCCUAUAAAAAUACCACAAAAAACAGAGGACGUCCACUCAUCUGGAAAAGAACAGGUUGAGGGGAGUAUCACCAAAAAGCAGGUAACGUUGGAAACUUCACAGCAAUCUUCUGAAAAUGUUCUUCCCAAGAUGGCACAAAUGGAGCCUCAGCGCCCACAAGUAAAGAAGGUCUUUGUACCGCCAGUCAAGCUCCCUUCACCUGUUCCAGAGGUCUCAGCUGUCGCACCAAAACCGUAUGCGAGAAAAUUCAAAACGCCUCUUAUGAUUGCGGAGGAGAAAUAUCGCAAGCAAAGAGAAGAGAUGGAAAAAAUGAAAGGUGUUAAAUCAUCCCAGGGCUUGAUGAGUCAAGAGGAAACUGAAUUGGAAAUAGAAGUGCCAGCAGCAAGCAAAGAGCAACCUAGUAGUCAACCAAUAACCACUAAGGAGUCUGUACCAUGCGAGGAAAGUAAGAAUGAAGUCACAGCCAUCAAAGCAGAGGCUGUUUCAGUCUCCUCCACGACUGCUGCUCUUCCACCCUCUCAGCAAAAGAACACUGGUGUCCUUUUGACUGAAAAUAUUCAAUCUCACAGCAGUGAAGCGCUUGCAACAUCUAUAGCCACAACGUCUGAGCAGCGGGAAUUUUCAGUAAAAACGAGUGUAGAAAGGAAAGUGGUGGUUCAAGGAAGAACAAACACGCAGCAGAGUGCAGUUUCGUUGAAAUGUGAGAAGGAAGAGCCUGCCAAGAUAUCUUCUCUUCCCUCAAGGAUUCCAGUUACUCCAAGCUUUAAAGUAAGAACUAUAAAAAUUCAAAAGAGUGAAGAACCCAAGAGCCAAGUCACCCAUGACAAAAUCAAAGAAGAAUCUCAGCAAAAGAUCUCUCAGGCAGACCAACCGCACAAGGUCGCAUUGUCUAAUGUAAAGAAUGUCCAUGGAGAAGUAAGUGUCACUUCAACCACCAAGCAAAUGACACACUCUGAAACAAAAGUACAAAAUGAGGAAACAAGCAAACUCACCAAUCAAAAUGUGAGAACGAACGUGCAAGUACAAGACCACCCCCCACCCAAAAAUAUCCCCAUUCAGAAAAAACCUGAUCAAGGAAUUCGAGAUAGUGAAAAUACCAAGAUCAAAAUACUGACUGGUGAAGCAAAACCAUCUACCGCUGGACAUUCAACCCAAGUGGCUGAACAAAUGGAAAAGCAACUGUUGUCUAAAAUGAGUAAAAAGGAGCAUGUUCGCUCUCAGGAAACCAAACCACCAGCUCCCGUGCCUCCAAAAACAAUCAAGGUAGAGGAAGCAGCCAUGCAGAAGACAAUGCUCAAGAACCUGCAAGAUGAACAGGUUCACCUUCAUGAGCGGAAACAAACUAUGAAUACUCAAAAUGUAGUCAAGUGUGAUAUACAACAAGAGGAGAAAAUUAAGAGCAUCUCCCCAGACAUACCGAAAGGUGACUGGCAAAAAGGGGUCCGCAAAAAACCAACAGGGGAAGCUCCACCAACUUGUCACGAUGAAUCCAAGUCUGUAGUAGAUCUUGUGGACGUUAUGAGAAAGCGUGAAGAAAUCAAUCAGAUCUUGUUUCAAAUCAAAGAGCUGGAGAAAAAUACCGGAAAAAUGUAUGUGAGUUCAGCAAGAAUACUACUUGCUAAAAUUCCCGGCUGGUUCAUAGAACAGGAAGAAAAACAGCGCUUGGUAAGAGUCGGAAGUGAGGACAACUUGGAAAAACUAAAGGAAGCAAUUGAAAGUAUUACAAAACAAGGUUUUGAAAAGCUGGCACAUUUUGAUAAUACUAUACAUCAGUCAAUCCAGUCUGUAAGUAUUAAACACGAAAAGGCAAUGGCAUGUAAGGAAACACCACUCACAUCUAAAAUACCAGUGAAUAUUAGUUCUUCCAAACGAGAGUCUCACAGUAAAUCUGAAGUGGUGGAGGAGAAGACAGUGUGGCAUGAAAGCAGAAAGCAGGAGUUCUCUCAAGUUAAAACGAUUGACCAACGAAUUCCCUCCCCUUUGAUCAAAAUGCGCUCACCAUCCCCAACUUACAUUACAAUUGAGUCCACUGCCCGAAGAAUGCAGUCUCCUCAAACAGUCGACUCCUCAUCUCCCCCUCCACCCUUAAUGCAAAGACCUCCCACAUCACCGGCACCUCCUCUACGGAGAUCUGAUACCCCAACUUCAAGAUUAAGCCGAGCAUCUGCAACUCCUUCCCCGCCAAUGGCUCGAGCUGAAAAACUCGCAAAGCUAAAGGACACAACAGCAAAGCUCUCUCAUGGCGUAUCACAGACUCAGUUGUCAUCACCCGUACAAGUUUCAGAGAAAAAAUCUGAGAUUAUCGCAUCUCCUGCAUCCCUGCGUCGGCAGCUCAAAAUUGAAACUCAUGUUGGUGAAAUGACCACCAGUGUUUCCUCUGACUCUCAGCUUAUGGCUGGCAUCGUAAAAGACAUGAAGGAAUUUUAUGAAGAAGCAAGAAAAGCUGAAGAAUACAAAGUCUACACACGAAAGGACCCUAUUGACAUUCCAGAGCGUUUAGGUCCAGAUACAGAAGAAUCUGAUCGUGAGGAAGAAAAAGACGACUUACCAACAGUGGACUUGUCAGAACUUCUCCAUCGGUUUGAAGCUGCAACUGAAAAGACUUUUGUACGAAAAGAUCCCAUUACAACUGGUGAUAAACAUGGAAAUGACCAUAAAGACGAGUCUAGCAGAGGAGAUGUCCAAACAUCAGACAUGCCGCCUUUAGACUUUAAGGCUAUUAAGACGGUCUUUGAAAAUGCAGAGCGAAGUGCUAAUGUUAAGGAGGAGAGACACAAAUCCAGUAAAAGACCUCCUUCACGAGAAAUUGAAAUCAGAGUAGGACAUGAAAAACAACACACUGGCGCCAAGCCUCCUGAGACAAAAGUGCAGUCAGAAAUCUCAACCGACACUAAAACCACGAGUGAAGCGUUUUCAGGUGCAUCCAAGCAUUUUUGGAGCAUGAAGAGCAGACAUCCACCUCCGACCUACGCAGAAGUUGUCAAAGGAAACAUACCAGUGCUAGAUGUUUCCGCCGAUGUGUCAACCGAGGAGCUGCUAAUGAACUUCCAGAAGACCUGGCAGGAGAGUGAGAGGGUAUUUAAAAGUCUUGGGUACGAAGUGUCAGAAUCUGAAGAAGUGGUAGCCCAUGCUUCCCGUCAGCAACAGCACAUGGCCCAGAAAAUACAAGUUCUGGAGCUGGAGAUGUGCGUGGGCUGUCAAAAGAAGGUGUACCCGAUGGAGUGCUUAAUCGCAGACAAGCAAACCUUCCAUAAGUCUUGUUUCCGUUGCCAACACUGCAAUAGUCAGUUAAGCCUAGGGAAUUACGCCUCUCUCCAUGGACAAAUGUACUGCAAACCUCAUUUUAAACAACUUUUCAAGUCCAAAGGCAAUUAUGAUGAAGGAUUUGGACACAAACCAUACAAAGAUACCUGGAGUCAUAAAAAUCUGAACACCACCAGUGAACAUAACAGUGUAAAUGAUUCCCUGGAAAAAAGUCAUCUUGACGCAGACGACAGUAACCUGAGCAGAGAAAGCGACUCUACCGAGAACAGCUUGAUCUCAAAUGAAAAGGAAAGCAAUUCACCGGAAUCAAAGAAGACUGCAAAUAAACUAAUAAUUACCUGGCCUCCUCCUGCAGAGACACCAAAGAAAAACUUUAGCAUUGAAGAAGAUCUGAAGGUGUCAAAGCCGAACUGGCCUCCUGAAGGCCAAGAAGGAAAGGCCAGCCGAAGUCUCCCCACAGAGAAGCAAAAUAUGAAAUCGCCUGGCCCCAAAGACAUCGGCGAAACCGUCGCAGAAGAGACACCCCAAGAGAACCCUGAAUCCGAAAAUACAGAAGACCUGACAACUGAAAAGACAGGAGAGGAAGCUGAAGGCAGCUCAGGUGGAGAACUAGAGACUCCAGCAGAGGAAGUUGAGAGUAAGGAAGAAAAGGAAGAGAGUGUGACCGAAAAUGAGGAGGUUGUAGAGGAAGGAAAUGUCGAGCAGGACGUGAAGGAAGUGCAUGAAAAUGAGCCAGAAGAAAGUGAAAGCAUUGAUAAUCUAGUAGAAGAGAACAGGGAAGAAGGAAAUGCCGAUGUGGUGCAAGUCACUAAUAUUGAUGAUGAUCAAGUAGAUGAUGGCCAAUUGGACACCAACAGCAAUAAUAAUAACAACCGAAAAUCAAUCAACAACGAAGAUUUAGAAUUCGAAAGAGGAAAGGAAGAAAGUUUAGUGCCGGAUUUGCAAAAGAUGGGGAAGAGUGAUCAAGAGGAGUGGAACAGGUUUUUAACGGAGUAUCUCCCACCAACUGAAAAAGGGCAACGUUCCUCACCACCCAGUGCCAAAUAUACAGAGCGUGAACAUCGUGAAAAGGCCGAAUUGCCUGACUUUUUGAAUGAAAGUGACACUCGGUUGAAAGCCUCCAAUAUCCUGGAAGAUAUAUUUGCAGGGCUGACCAGCACUCCGAGCUUGAAUUUGGAUUUUAACGAUGAACUCUUUCAAGGAUCGACAAAUGAGAAACCAUCGGGUUCUUUGUUAGACGAUCUUCUCGAUUUUGGAGUUAAAGGAAAUGAAACACAUGGCAGUAACGGCAACAAGUUGCACAGUAUUUUGGGUACGGAAGAUUUCUCCAGUCUUGGAGGUGGCGGCAGUCUUUGUGAUGAUAGCUCGGAGAACCUCUCCGUUGAAGAGCAAAUAAAGAGAAACCGAUAUUAUGAUGAUGACGAUUAAAAUUGAUGGCAUCAAAGAGCCCUUCCUAUGCAAUCUAAGAUGAAAUUGCAUUUGCUGUUUUAUACAAUGUAUUCAUAUGCAUUUUUCUUAAAUUAAUAAUUUUAAAAAUCUCAGAUACCAUAUUUUACUUUUAGGUCCAUGGAGAGAUGAAUACAAUUCUUAAUGGAUGAUAAUGCUGGGAAUUUUUUUAAACACUUCCUACUUUAAUUACUGUUUAUGAGCUUUUUUUGCAUUAUUUACAACUUGUAGGAAAUUUUGCCUAAAAAAAGCACCUGGAGUGCAAACUAGAAAAAAAGAAAAGAAAAAAAAAAAAACAAACAAACAAAAAAAAGCAACAAAGGCGACGCUGUCUCUUGUAUUGUCUCAUGCAUAUUGCACAUCUGAUUUAUGCAAAUACUUGUUUUUAUUUAAAUAUUUUCUAUUUUGAAUAGCGCAAAUGAACAAUUCAUGGUCAAAUAUAUUACAGAAAAGUAGAUUUCAUUUAGAAUAGUGUGCACUGAUGAUUUUUAAUAUAUUUUGAAAUGGCAAGUAACUUUAAAUAAAUCUGUUUUUUCCAACUUUGAAUCUUAUUGGUUGGCUUCCAAAAUAAUAAAAUGCAAUUUUAGAAAUUUUA